AUGCCCGUUUACAACUUCCUGGUCAUGCUUCUGCUGGCCUUGCUAUUCAUUGCAGCUGCUGCUGCAUUCCUCAUUGGCCUCUGUCGUGCGGAUGUGUCGGAAAUAAAAGCUCCCAAAGAUGAUGUAUCAGUGCCGUUCAAUGAUUUAUUGCCGCCACUGUUGGCAGACUCAACGACGGCAGCAGUAGAAGCAAAAACAACAACAACAACCACAACUGGUAAACCGCAGACGACAACAUUGAUAACCAAACCCACAAAGAAAUCCUAUUAUCAGCAGCAACAGACCCAGCUCAGCAAGGAAGAGAAAUUGAAAUCCGGUACCAAUAAGCAGCAAAUACAACUGUUAUCCCUAGACUUGUUGCCACCAUUUGAGGAUACCAGCAACAAGGAAGACACACCGGAAGCGAAGCCCACAACAAGUAGACCAAUUCCCAAAAGCCAGCCCCCCCAGCAUGUUGCCAAGGUUCAACCAAGUGUUGCCAAGGUUCAACCAUUUGUUGCCAGAGUCCAGUCCCAGCCCCAGCCCCAGUCCAAGCCCCAGCACCAGGUCCAGGUCCAGGCCGUGCCCAAACCCCAGCCACAUGUUGCUAGACCACAAAUUUCUCGUUUUGCCAGCAUAACACCCACUUCCAAUCCUUCAGCUUUGCGUCAACAUUUGCCCUCGUCACCAUUUUUCUCGGCCCAGUUUUCCAACUAUUUCCAAUCAAGCACGCCGAGACCGCGUCGUGGCCCGCUGCCAACACUAACACCCUUUCCCCAUCACAUUAAAUAAGUAUAUAGUAGCAAAUAUUAAUUAAAAUUAGAUAAGCAAGCAACGAGACAAGAAUUGAAAAAUA